UUGUAACACACUCAAUCACCUAGGUAGCUCUAAAAUUGACAAAGAAUGACUUCAAUUUUUAGCAUAUUGUUUCUCUUGAUCACUAGUUACUUGAUAAGUAUCCAAGGACAAGUAAUGUCCUUAGAAGAAUCAAAUAUAAUGCUACCCUUAGAGAAACCACAUAGUUUCACCCAACUACACUUCUAUUUCCAUGACAUCUUAGAUAGUGAAAACCCAAGUACACUAAAAAUUAUCAACCCACCUAGCAAUUCUCAUGCUCCUUUUGGAGCCACUUACAUUAUAGAUAACCCUUUGACUGAAAAACAAGAUUUAAAUUCAAAUAUUAUUGGAAGAGCUCAAGGAACCUAUGCAUUAGCUUCUCAACAAGGUGAUUUUGCUUUGAAAAUGGAUGUUAAUUUUGUUUUUAUAGAAGGUAGCUACAAAGGGAGCACACUUACCAUGCUUGGAAGAAAUGUUAUUGUGGAUGAAGUUAGAGAAAUGCCUAUUGUUGGAGGAACUGGUGCCUUUAGGUUUGCAAAGGGGUAUGCUUUGGCAAAGACUGUUUGGUAUGAUUCUUCAUCAGGAAAUGCUAUUGAGGAAUUUAAUGUUAGCAUUUAUCAUUUCUAAUUUAGAAUUUUUCUUGCUAAUUUGUCUUACCAUAUAACUUAUAUAUAAGAUCAUAUAGCAUUUUUAUCAUAGAUAGGUCGAUAAAUAAAGGUAGUAGGGUAACAUGUUUAGAUAAAUAACUUAUGCAAACCCUUAUAGCAUAAGAGUCUAUGGUAUGAGAGUUAUAUUGUAAGCUCUUAUAUAUUCAAUAAGUUAUUUAUGUUUUGAUAUACAUGAUAAGAAAUACUUACAAAGUGCUAAUAUAAUUUAUGCAAACCCUUUAUUUAUGUUUUGAA